CACAAUCUACAACAUAUCCAACUUUCAGAGAACGUAUUGAAUCAGAAAAAUUCAACGCUCGCCGGAAAAGUCGUCGGAAAAUCAUCGGGAAAGCCUAUCCUCGACAUAUAAUGCGUACACGCAUCCAUGAAUCAUCACUAACCAUCAGACAAUGUGGGCAAAGUGCUACACGAACCAUGUGUUUCAAACCCUAAACCCUAAACCCUAAACCCUAAGUGAACCUUGAACUCUAAACCCUUUGUUGAUGUGACUUGAAUCGGACUAUCAGCCGCUACGACUGGUAAUCGGGGGUCUCGCUGCCCGGUCAGCGAGUGGGGUCCAGGGGCAACGCCCCGGUGGGGGUGCGGGGGCAACGCCCCUGGCCCACGGUGUAUGGGCUCAAUGUUAUUUGGGUUCGGGUUCUGGGCCUGGUCUGUAACCGUUUCCUUUGUCAUAUUGGAUUAGGUUUAGACCCACAUAGAGAAGUACUAUAAAUACUUCGUGUUAGUGAACCACGUAAAUCGUGUGUCGUGUUGCAAUGCUCUAUUUAUAUGUUGUUGUUUUUCUAGUUGUAUUUUUAAUGACCCUAGUGUCAUUAUGAACUUAUGAAUUUCAUUAUGGAUUUCUAGCGAGUUCGGGGUCGAUUGGACGAAGAUCGGGCGCGAGGCAAGUCAAUCGUCGGUCGCCGGCAUCGUUCUUCCGUCGUCGGCUAACCUCCCGUCGCCCUCAAUCGUCGGAAAACAAGUAAGUUUACUUUUUCCGGCCAGUUUUCCAGUUUUCCGGCGAAAAACACGGCGGGCCGAAAAAAAAUUGCGGCUAGAACGUCGCCGAGUCGAAAAAAUUUUGUGGCCGGGACGACGGCCGGCCGAAAAAUUCUUUCGGCCCGGCGACGCCACGGCCGCAAAUUUUUUUCGGCCGGCCGACGAACACGCCGCCGGAAAAUUUUUGGCCGGCGUGUUCGGCGACCGGCCGAAAAAAAUUCUUUCGGCCCGACGCGCUCCGGCCGCAAAUUUUUUUCGGCCGGCCGACGAGCCUGCCGCCGGAAAAUUUUUGGCCGGCGUGUUCGGCGACCGGCCGAAAAAAAUUUGCGGCCGUGGCGUCGCCGGGCCGAAAGAAUUUUUCGGCCGGCCGUCGUCCCGACCACAAAUUUUUUUCGGCUCGGCGACGUUCGGGCCGCAAUUUUUUUUCGGCCCGCCGUGUCUUUCGCCGGAAAACUGGAAAACUUACCGGAAAACUGGAAAACUGGCCGGAAAAAGUAAACUUACUUGUUUUCCGACGAUUGAGGGCGACGGGAGGUUAGCCGACGACGGAAGAACGUUGUCGGCGACGGAGGCACUGGGAAGGAAGGGAAAAUUCAAAAUUUAAAUUUUUUUUUUUUACCGGCGACGGAGGCACUGGGAAGGAAGAGAAAAUUCAAAUUUUGAAUUCCUUUUUUUUUUUUUAGUUGGCGGUAAAUAGCAAUUUGAUUGGCGGCAAAUAGCCGUUCACUUUAUUUAACCUGAUGACUAGCCACCAAAUCCAGAACCGAAGAAUGUUGCUAACCAGAAAAAAAAAAUUAAGGACAUGAACCAAGCUAAGAUACAUACAAAUCAAGGUAGUUAAAGAUGAGCAAGCCCUAAUAUUAUGAUUUAUGGGGGUUGUUGGUGUCUGUUCUAAUUAGCUUACUUUUGUCAUAUUGUUGGCUAAUUGGGCAAGGCAGGCAGGCCUGGAGGAAUUAAAGGAACCAACAAACGGAAGUAGGAAAUUCUGUGGCUGUUGGCUUACCUUACAAAGUAAUUAGCGGUUCACAUUAGGCGGUCCGGUUCGCCCCGAAAUUUCGUUUCAAAAGGUAAUUACGCGGCGGCCCGCAGUUAAACGUCAAAUUCUCACGCGGAGGGAGUUUCGAAUCAGUACUAAGUACUUGACUGCGGAUGGAUGCUUGUUCUGUUACGUUCCAGAUUUUGCUAGUAAUUAGUUAGUUUAAUCCAGCUGGCGAUCGAAUUGGUCAAUUUCAAAUAGGGAGUAGAAUUAGAAUAGCAGAGUUCACAUCGGCGAAAACAACUUGCCGGCCGGCCACUCACUACUCUUACUUUAGGUUAUAUAUGUAGGUAGAUAAGACAGGAGUCCUGUUUUCCGACGACCCAACUGGACUAACUAAACUACGGAGCACUUCUACUAUGCUAUAUAGUAUUGGUGUUUUAAUGUACAACUCGAAGUUGUACCAUAACAUUAAAUGUAUAAGUUUAGGUUGUACCAUAAAGCAAUUUAUACCAUUAUGUUAUGGUACAACUUUACAACUUGAAAUUGUACAAUCACAUAAAUGUACAAGUUCAAGUUGUACAUUAAAGAAUUUGUACAAAAAAGUAUAGGUACAAUUUCAAGUUGUACCAUAACGUAAAUGUACAAUUUUAAGUUGUACCAUAAAGGCAAAAACCUAUAGCACCAAUACUAUAUAGCAUUGUAAAAUUUCUCCUACGUACUUUGGGUUGUUAUUAAAUUUGAUAUUAACGAUUUUGUUUGGCUUCCUUUGGUAAUUGAGAAAGCAAAUUACGAAGGCGACGUCUCCCCUUUAUCAACUCUAAUCAGUUUAUGCCAGCGGCAAUCCUCAAAGGUUCCAGUUCAUAUAUGGAUUUCCUUUACUACAUGGAAGUAGUGGCAGAUUCAGAAUUGUUGAAGAGGGGUAUCGCAUAAUGAACGAGUUUGGGUUAUAAUUAUUAAAGCGGUGUCGAAAAUCUCGUAUUAAAAUUUUUUGUACCAAAAAAAUAUAGGUUCUUCACAAAACUAGCGUGGGCUCCGGCCAUUUCGCCGGAGGAAGGUGAGGUAUGAAAUUUGAUAAUGUAAUAAGGUGUAUAGCUUAUUGUUGUAUAGUUUUUUUUUUUGGAAAACACGUGAUAAAAAUAGUGAAUUUUAGUAGGAAAGAGACAUGAAUGAUGCAACAAAUCAAAAAUCAGCCUUAUGAACCAAAAUCAAGUACCAGUUACCUUGUGAAACAAUAUUGUUUCUGGUAAUAUGAUGAGGUGGAGUAAGUUUUAUAGAAACCGAAUUCAAAAAAAUCGAAUAAAAAUCGCCUAUCCCACCGGUUUUCGGGAAAUGAGCAUCUCACAAUCAUUACUAGCUUUUACUCGGCCCGUUGGUCGGUUAAUUUGCUUUAUAAAACUUUCAUCUUGUCAUCAUUGUGCUUUCUGGUUUUUUGCCAAGCCACGAUAAAAUCUAAAGAAAUUAAGAAUGAACAACACGAUUUGGGAUAGGAACCACCAUUCCUGUAUCCCUAGAAAAUGGUGGUAAACACGGACUCACCUGCCAAACUGGUUUGGAUUGAGAUUUUUAUCGGGUAUAAGGGAACCAUGUGAUUAUAAAUUAGACUUGAUCAAAACGGGCCAAAACUUGAAAUUCAGCAUGUUUGACCGACCCAUGCCAAACUCUAAUUAUUAUUUACUUUUAAAUUUUCUAUUUGAAAAUAAAAAAUAAUGAAAGAAAAGAGAUGACUGCAAUUCGCCAUUUGCACAUCACUGAUUCGGGAAUAAAACUAUAGAAUUUCGAAAGGAAACUGAAAAUGUUUAGGAUCGUUUUAAUGUUAAAAAUAACCAAAUAGAUCUUUAUGUUUAGUUUAUUACUAACAAAUACCAAACGAAUUCCCUAUAAUAUACACAAUAAUUUAAUCAUUAUGAUAUCAAAUAAUUACAUAAUAUAUAUUUGAAAUGAUAAAAAUUGGACUAAUUGGGUUGGUCGAGGUAGAACCAUUGAAUAACUUUAAAAUACAUUAUAUUUUAGCCACUAAGAUAUAAAAUAAUAGCAUAAUAUAUAUUAUGCUAGAGAAAAUAACUUGUUUUAGAAUGGCAAACCCAUGAUGUUCAUUUGUUUUACUUGAUGGGAAAAUCUCGUGUAGGUAAGACCCAUUCAACUCUUUUAUUUUAUGAUUAGCGGUUAGACCAUUAGAAUCCAUGCAUUAGUUUAUUAUUAAAUUUUUUUCUUUUUAGCAACAAAAAGGAGUAUUGUUUUUGCCUUUACAUAUAUAUUUUACCACCACGGAGAAAUAAAAGGACUUAAAGAAAAAAAUUGAUACUCCUUGACCCGUUUAAAUCUGCAUGUGAAUGGUAAGUUGGCCCGUUCCACAGAGGAAAAGAAAAAAAAAUUGGCACUCCCUAUUCUAUCCUUCCUACAAAUGCUCCUGGAGUAGGGAAUUUGAAAUGGGGGAAGGGUUUUUUACUCUCUGCGAUUAUAUGUUUUUAAUUUAAAAAGAUAUAACAAAUGUACUUAGUGUGAUUGGUUAUGAUCUUUUCUUUUCUUUCAAGUGGUCAUGGUUCGAAUCCUAGUAAGUGUCUUUUCAAUGAAUAAAAAUAAGUAAUUGUGAACACCAAAAUGUCCUUCCUACUUUCACUCUGGAUGGAUGCAGGAAAUUUGAAAUGAGGCUUCAAGUUUUCUCAUUUGGCUUUUAUUUAUUGUGUAGAUUUUCGAACGAAGGAGUGUCGGACCACACCCCUAUGCAACACGUAGGUCCUCCCCUGCAUGCAAGAGGGAGGAAAGAAAGAAAGAGUCUUCUUAAUUAUCAAAUGAGCUAUCCUAUUGUUUUGUCUACCAAUGAAAUGAACUCGAAAACUGGAGAAACUAGCAAGCAACUUGAACUCAUCAAAAGCGUCAAAGGGCUUGUAGAGGCUAUCAAAUACACAAAGAAACGGAUGAGAUGGAAAAUCCAUACUAAAACUAUUAAAGAUGCACAACAUCUGAGAAAUUGUCGCUAGAAAAUAUAUGAUAAACACAACAUUUCAAGUGUCGUCAAAUUACCAAAUAUCUUAGCUUUUGCUUACCCUCCAACAAAAUUACUCUUAAAAUCGAACAAGCCAUUGAACACCAAUACUGACACUUGAUUUAGUUAUUAGGAAGGGAAUUGUUAGCAAUUUAUGAACUCAAUACUCAAUAGAGAUAGAAGACUCUGACCACAUCAGUGGGGGCAUAUCGCGCAUCAGAAAUCCUACAUAUUAGUACUUUUAGGACUAGCCAGCUAUGAAUGAAGAGACUAUAAAGACCGUGAAAAUUAUUAUUAUAAUAUCCAAAUGAAUUAUAUUUUUUUUUGUAGAUAUAAAGCAAGCUGAACUAAAAGGUGCAAUGCAUGGGCUUUAGGCUGCAUGGAUGCAAGGCCACAUAAAGGUCCAUCUCCAACUAGUUUUUUUAACUGCAAUCAAGAUCCUAACCUCUUACGAGCACAAUCAGCAGAGGUGCUGCACUUUAACAAGGCAAUUUCAAAGCCUUCUUCAUCAAAAUUGGGAGGUGAAAAUCUCUCAUGGAAUUAUGCCUUAGUCAUUAUGGAAUUAUGCCUUAGUCAUUAGGGUUAAGGAACCUAUAUAUAUAUAUGUAUCUUAGCCGUGUAACCUAAUUAACAAGCUAAUAUGAUUGACUUGGAGAGUUUAGGCUCUCCCGUGGACUAGUCCUAUUGAUCAGGGAAACCACGUUAAACUCGGUGUUCUUGUUCUUCGUUUAUAUUUGACAUGGUAUCACAGCCCUUCUGAUUCUCGACGCGUGGGUGAUUUUGGAUGCUGUUUGUAGGUUUUUUGGACGACGGCUUCUGCUAGGGUUCUUGGUUGGUAUUGGCGGCGCUUUUUUGUUGUUCCGAUAAUUGAAAGUUUGGUUUUCUUGGUCAGCGUAUUUGGGUGAUCACUCUCUCAGGAACUUUGUAGAAGGCCAGCGACUGUCGGCGGUUUUGACCGGCGAAUCGAAGAAGCCAGCGGACGACACUACUGAUCAACAGAAGAGCGAUUGGGCCGCUGCGAAUGCCCGGAUCGUUACAGGGUUGUUGGGUUCGGUUGAUGUUCUGAAGGCAUUAAGUCUUCGUAGGUUUGGCAUAGCACAUGAGAUGUGGAUGCAUAUUUGCAAUACCUAUUCUCAGGCAAAUACAUCAUUGUCUAUAUGAGCUGGAAUUUGCUAUGGGAGGGAUGUGCGGGGCUAUUACAAGGAUUGUCUGCACAUGUGGACUGAGUACGAUUUGGUCACUGCUUCUCUGAUGACAGGUGCAGCCUUGGCUGAUUUCUCAAGGAGAGAAUUGGCGCGCGUGUUCAGUUUCUUAUGAAACUAAAGCCCGAAUUUGAACCCAUCCGUGUGUCUCUCAUUAAUCGGGGUGUAACUGAUCUUGAUGUUGUGGUUGCGGAGCUUCUUCGUGAAGAAACGCGCUUGAAGAGUCAAUCCCAAAUUGACGGACAGUCUUCUGAGACUACAUUUACUGUGGGACGGCAGGGGUCUUCUUCUCGUCCUCAAUUUGGAACUCUGUUGAAUGGAGAGGUAACGUGUAAUUUUUGCCUUGAACAUGGUCACUUUCAAAUUCAUUGUAAUAAGCACAAUUAUUGUAAUUACUGCAAGAUGGCGGGGCAUAUUGUGUUGGACUGUCCUUCGUUGAAAAAGCGGGGGAAGCAAAUUAGUUUUCCUAACUCCGGGACCUCUGCAGUUGCUACUCCAUCGGAUAGCCAUCCUCCUUCUCGGCGUACUAGGACAGCUUAUGCGGUCUCCUCUGGUCAUUUUGGGCCAACAGCGGGCUCUUCUGGAAGCACAGGUGCUGCGGUUUUUUCUCCUGACCUGGUCCGGAAAUUGUUUCAAGAAGCCUUACAUGAAGCACUUCCCCAGGCAUUGACUUCGACAUUCGCCACGGGGGUUGUCUCUGGUAAGUCGUCCCGUUGGUUAUUAGAUUCAGGAGCGUUUAAUCAUAUGACUCAUGCUCGCUCCACCUUCGAUAAGAUUUAUCUGGUCUCUAAGCUUAAGCUCAGGGUCGCUAAUGGGGCCCAGGUUCCUGUUCUUGGCCGUGGCACUUCUUCCACUCGUUGGGUUACUCUUCCUGAUACAUUAUAUGUUCCUAGCUUGCUCCCUGAUCUUGUCUCUGUCUGGAAGUUAACAGAAGAUGGUUGCAAUGUUACCUUUAAUGUCAAUGGUUGUGUGGUACAGGACAAGAGGACGGGGACGAUGAUCGAGAAGGGAAGUAAACAAGGAAGAGUGUUUGUGCUUGAUGAGUUGCGGCCGUAGGGAAGAGCUCGUGUGGAGGCGCUGAAUGGAUCUAUGGCAGGAUCGACUCUCAAGGACAAGCCGUUGUUAGUUGACUUGUUGUCGAACAAAUCUGUUAAUUUUGUUGCUUUGGAUUUUGCUAAGGAUGCUUCGGUUUGGAAGUUAUGGCAUUGUCGGUUAGGCCAUCCGCGCUAUGCACGAUUACUAUCUAUGUUUAAUCGAAAUUUUCUUCCGGGAAAGAUUGAUUCUCCAGCUGAUUCUCGUUCUCCUUGCGUGAGUUGUAUUGAGGCUAAACUGUCUCAACUCCUUUUUCGUCUAACGAAACAGAGUAUGAUGCUCCAUUUGAUCUCGUGCAUACGGAUUUGUGGGGACCCUCUCCGGUUACUUCUCGUAUGGGUUUCAAGUAUUUCGCAUUAUUUAUUGAUCAUAAGACACAUUAUGCAUGGGUUUUCUUUCUUUGUAUGAAGUUAGAGCUAUAUGGCUUGGCAAAGGAGUUUGUACAACUCAUAAAGACACAAUUUGGCAAAAUUAUUAAAGUGAUCAGAUCGGACCAAGGUGGUGAGUUUACUAAGCAUGGAUUGUUGGAUUUUUACAAAUCCGGCAUUUUGUCCCAACUUUUGUGCCCAAGUGUGUCGCAAAAAAAUGGCAUGGUCAAACGGAAGCAUAGGCACGUGUUAGAGCUGACUCGGGCGCUUCUUUUUCACUCUCAUAUGCCGAGUGGGUACUAGUUUGAAGCUGUUCAUACUGUUGUUUAUCUUAUCAAUCGCCAGAUCACGCCUAUCCUCGGACAAUCAUCACCAUAUCAGACUUUGUUCUCCAAGCUGCCGAAUUAUUCGUUCUUACAGGCGUUUGGUUGCACUUGUUUUGUUCUGCUUCCCCAGAAAGAACGCCAUAAGCUAGCUCCUAAAACUGUGAAAUGUGUGUUUGUUGGUUACAGCGAAAAACACAAAGGUUACUGUUGUUAUGAUCCGGUUGGGAAAAGGUAUUAUGAUUAUCAUGUUUUGUUCCUCGAAUAGGUGAUGUAUUAUCCUAUGACUUCUACUGAUGAUGCACUCACACGUUCGACUCUUGAUUUUUUAGCUCCCUUACCCAACUUUGGCAUGGAAGCUACGGAGCUCUUGGUGACUCAGGGAGGGAAUUUAGACCAAGCUAUACUCUCUUCGUCGUCUUCGUCGGGCAGUAGUAGUAGUAGGGCUGUUAAUGAACCAAGCCGCUCAAGAACGGUUUGGCGUCUGACUCGAGAAAAACUCGUUCGAGACUUGAUUCAUCUUAAUCGAGCCGGCUCGUGAACAAGCUCGUUAAUUAAACGAGCCAAACUCGAGUCAUACCAUGUUCAGCUCGAAAGCUCGCGAACAAGCUCAUUUAACGGUUUGGCAUUAGAAAUGAUUGGAAAUCAUAGAUUAUAUGUAUUGAUAUUGGGAUAAAUAUUGUGUUUUGUU